AUGGCGACUGGCGAUGGCGCUGCUUGCGGCGAUUGCGAGCUGCUUGCGCUGGGAGCGGGGAGCAGAAGCGACGAUGGCAACUGGCGAUGGCGCGCUGCUUGCGGCGGCGAGCUGCUUGCAGCGACGGGACGGAAGUGCUGGGGGCCUGGGGCGAUGGUUGACGGCGGCAGGGUGGCGCCGCUCUCCCUCUGUCGUCUGUUCUACUUCUAG